UGCCAUCCGAGAUUGACGAGGUUGUCAGAAAAUUGACUACUCUUAACCUUCCCGAUGUGGAGCAUACUCAAGUGGCGAUGAGAGCUUUGAUGAAUCCAUUGAUUUUGGCCAAAGUAUUCUGCUCUUUGGAUGUCAAAACGCUAAAGUCCGCGCGGCUCGUGUGCACCGUUUGGGGUGACGUGGGCACCACAUUUCUCGGGCGGCAGGGCCGCCUAACUUUCUUCUCAUCGCCAAAGUACUUCCUCAAUUACCGCAGCUACACCAAUCUUAACGAGUUGACCUCAUUCAACCACAACUUGGCCAAAAACGUGACAAUGAUUAUGAAGUGUGACUGCCCUGUGAUCUGUCAAUGUCCCCUUAAUCAAGUCGAAUUAUGCUGCCAUCUGCCUCCCAAGUUUGUCAUACUCCUCCCACAAAUUUUCGAUAAGUUGGAAACCCUCACGCUCUAUGUGGACAGGACGUACCAACCCGGCUGGCAUGAAUUGUGGAGGACUCAUCAGUUCCCAAACUUGACCCAGAUUUCCAUCAUGGUUCCAAAUAUUGAUCCCUAUCAUACCCUGGAGGACGUUGCACAACUGGACGUGCCUCAAUUUCUGUCCCUUCCGAGUCUUAAGGUGGAUAACACCGUCAUAGAUUUUUAAUCUCAAUCUACCCCUGUUCAAUGCAAAUUUCUAAAAUGGUAUCAAUUUCACGAGUUUUGAGAUAGAUACAACUUUUGAAGGAAAUUAUUAUUACAUGCAAAAAACGACUAGCGAAUUCAUUUUUGAGGAACUUCAUCGUGCCAAAUUAGUAAUUUAUGUUUUCAAAUCGAUUUUUGUAGUGCCAAAAAUUUACUUCAAAAAUUUGCAUUUUUCUCAAAUCUCUUGAACUUGAUGCCAUUUGUGAGACAUUUAUGUAAUAGGGGUAGAGUGAGAUUUAAAAUCCCUGCAACAUCAAAUCAUCCUUCUACGAAACCUUAAGGUUCUCUCUGUGAGGAUAUCAGCCGGCUAUAAAAACUACUUUACACAUGCCUUCUUAUCCCCCAUUUCCCAAGGGUUGCUCAACUGUGCCCCCAACUUGGAAAAAUUAGAGUUGAAGGCGAAUUUUUUCCCGGAUUUGACACCCUGUCGCAAACUUGGCGAGCUAAAGUUCGACUAUCAACAAUGUGAAGUUUCUCGUCCCUUCGAUAUCUCCGGGAUCACCAAGAUGUUAGAAAGUUGUCGUGAUUCUUUGAAAAAGUUGUGCCUGGAUUUUCAUGGGGCUCAUUAUGAUGAAGAGAUUAUGUUCCCCAAUUUUGACCUCCCCAACCUCACCUACCUGAAAGUACAUCCCCAAUCGUAUGAAAUUGAGGAAUCGCUCAACAUCACCAACCUUCCAAAACUGACCCAUUUCUCGCUAUUUUCUGGCGCAAACAUUUCCGUAAUGAUUCGAAAGUACCAUUUUUGCCACGCCGGAAUAACGUCGCUCAACUUGCAGUGCUCAUAUUAUCCCGAAGUUGACAACCAUUACGAACAAGACGAGGCCAAGUUAAUUAACCUGUUCCCUGCCGUGGAAGAAUUAAAGUUGAACCUGGCCAUAGUAGUGGACAAAGAUUACUUCUACUACGACUCUGGCUUCGUUGCGCACGAUGCAGAUUUUUUGCUUUUGACGGAAACCUUGCGAUCCUUGGGUGGAUGGGGGCUGGCAUGCAGAGCAGAUGUGGAAAUUGAGCUUAAAUGGUUAAGGGAGCGUUACUCAUAUAAAGAGUUGGACUCUGUCGGGGCUGCCAUUUUAGAAGGACUGAGGACAUGGAAAGGCCUGUCCAAUACGACUUUCAAAUUUGUUUACAACGGCGUACGCGGAUCGUUUAAACUCUUGGAUGGGAUACGUGCUGGUCUCCUGGCGUGUAGAUCAAUUAGUAGCGUCACUUUGGUGGGAUUUCAGAUGAGUGAGCAGGAUUCGAUCGAGUUUGGUGAAUUUAUUGAAGAAUAUAAUUUGCCAGUGAGAAUUCCACAACCUGAUUUUGAGUUUAGCGACGGGAUUCUACCAGAUUCGGGUUCGAAUUCGGUUUCAUCUAGCAGAAAACUAUCUGAUUCGGAUACAGUUGCUUCCAGCCUAAUGCAAUCAGAAUCGGAUCACAUUUUCCCCACCCGAAUGUUAUGGGGUUCGGAUUCGGACGAUUCGAAUCCAGAUUAAAAAGUGAAUAA